UACAUCUGCCUUCACAGCUCGGAAGGUUCGGCAAUCGCUAGUCUGACAACUGUAGGGCUUCAGCAAAACCCUAACCAUCUUCCAAAUCCGGGGUUCUUCCGCUCCAUCGUUUUCUCAUCUUCCACAAAGGUUUUUUUCGCAGUCUUUUGCAAUGGCUGGAAGAACUCAGAUAGCUACCAAGAGUUCUGCUCUUAUAGCCAUGAUUGCUGAUGAGGACACUGUGACUGGAUUUUUACUUGCUGGAGUUGGUAAUGUUGAUUUGCGAAGAAAGACCAACUACCUCAUUGUGGACUCAAAAACAACUGUAAAAGCUAUUGAAGACGCAUUCAAAGAGUUCACAACAAAGGAGGAUAUCGCAAUAGUUCUUAUCAGUCAAUAUGUGGCGGACAUGAUAAGAUUUCUGGUGGAUAGCUACAACAAACCUGUUCCUGCAAUUCUGGAGAUUCCUUCAAAGGAUCAUCCUUAUGAUCCUACGCAUGAUUCUGUGCUCUCUAGGGUUAAGUAUUUGUUCUCUGCUGAGUCCAUCGCAUCAGACAGGCGCUAAAACCAGAUCCUCAUCCAUAUAUUUAUUAUGGCUUCAGCUAAGAGUGUAAGAAAUAAAGGAAGAUUUACAUACGUACAGCUCUAUUCUUAUGUAUUUACAUAUUUAACACCUAUAUAUUUUUUUUACAUAUAUGCCACCUUAGCUAUGCAUAAGCAUAAAAUGGUGGUAUAAAUGUGAGAAAUGAAGUUGAGGUGUAGAUAUGCAAAUACAUAUAAAUUGGGUGGUAUCUAUGUAAAUGCUCCAAAAAUAAAUCAGUUAUGAAUUAUUGGAGGAUGUAAAAAAAAAAAAAUCAUUUUGAUUAUUGGGUGACUUGUGUAAUAACGAUAUACUUGUAUGUUUGGCUGCUUGUUUAAAUAAAGCUUAAAGAUUGAAGAGACAUUAA